AUGAAUUCAUGCUCAACAAAAGCUUGGAUUCCUUUCUUUUUGAGUGAUUUUCACAAAUUGUUAGAUGAAACAAGGAGCAAAUUUCUAGGUUGGAAUAUACGCUUUCAUGUGAUUGGUGGAAUUGCACGCGGGCUUCUUUAUCUUCAUCAAAAUUCCAAAUUGAGAAUUAUCCAUAGAGAUUUAAAAGCAAGCAAUAUUUUGCUAGAUAGUGAUAUGAAUCCAAAAACUUCAGACUUUGGUUUGACUAGAACAUUUGGACAAGAUCAAAGUGCAGCAAAUACAGAAAGAGUGGUUGGAACAUACGGUUACAUGUCACCUGAAUAUAUAGUUGACGGUCUCUUCUCAGUGAAAUCCAAUGUUUUUAGCUUUGGUCUUUUAGGGCUACAAAUAAUUUGUAGAAAGAGGAGCCAAAAAUUUUGCCAUUCGGGCCAUGGCCUCAACCUCCUUGCACAUGCAUGGAGAUUAUGGAUGGAAGAAAGGGCUAUAGAACUACUUGAUCCAUUGUUAAGAAACUCUUGUUCUGUACCUCAAGUGCUUCGGUGCAUACAUGUGGGUCUUUUAUGUGUUCAACGAUUACCUUUAGAGACACCAGACAUGUCAGCUGUGUUUGUAAUGUUGGGAAGUGAGAGUCCGCUACCUCAGCCGAUGCCCCCUGGUUUUUAUAUUGAAAGAAAUCCAUUUGACGCCGAAUUAUCCUCAAGCAAGGUAGGCACGUGGUCAAGAAAUGAAAUCACAACAACUUUGUUAGAGCUAAGAUAGAGCUUGACGUCAUUUUUUUUUUCACUUAUUUCCCACUCUCUUCCUUUUAAAUGCCUUCCUUUCUUUUAUGUAUUUCCAACCAGACACUUCCAUUGCAAUUGCCAAAAUUAAGCU